AUGGGGGACAGCAGGCGAAGGUCACUGGGGAACCAGCCCAGCUCUGAGGCUGCAGGCAGGUCGGAAAGGGAGCUCGGCGGUGACCCCCGGGGCCGCCAGAGCUCUGUGUACGACAGUGGGUGGGUCACAGACCCGGAACACCAGGACCUGGACAAUGCAGAGCUGGGACCAGAGGACCCGGAAGAGGAGCUUCCCCCGGAGGAGGUGGCCGGGGAGGAGUUCUCGGAGACCCUGGAUCCCAAAGAGGCACUUUCUGAGUUGGAGAGAGUUCUGGACAAGGACUUAGAGGAGGACAUUCCUGAAAUCAGCCGGCUGUCCAUCAGCCAGAAGCUCCCCAGCACCACCAUGGCCAAAGCAAGGAGGAAGAGGAGGCGGAGGAGGCUCGUGGAGCUGGCAGAGCCCAAGAUAAACUGGCAAGUCCUGAAAGACAGGAAGGGAUGCUGUGGUAAGGGGUAUGCCUGGAUUUUCCCAUGCAAGAUGAGCUUACGGUUCUGUCUCUACUGGCCCUCUGUGUACUGGACCGAGCGGUUCCUUGAGGACACCACCCUCACCACCACAGUGCCCGCAGUGUCCCGCCGAGUGGAGGAACUGUCUCGGCCCAGGAGAUUCUACCUGGAGUAUUACAACAACAACAGGACAACUCCUAUCUGGCCCAUUCCUCGGUCCUGCCUGGAAUACCGAGCGACGAGUCGCCUGAAGGAACUGGCCGCCCCGAAGAUUCGUAACAACAUCUGGAGCGUGUCCAUGUCUGAGGUGUCCCAGGUAUCCAGGGCAGCCCAAAUGGCAGUCCCCAGCUCACGGAUCCUCCAGUUGUCAAAGCCAAAGGCCCCAGCCACCCUGCUGGAAGAGUGGGACCCCAUGCCGAAACCCAAGCCACAUGUGUCAGACUAUAACCGCCUCCUUCACUUGGCCAGGCCCAAAGCUCAGUCGGACAAGUGUGUUCCUGACCGAGAUCCUCGCUGGGUGGUGCUGGAUGCCACCAAGAAGGUGGUGGCCAGCCCCCGGAUCAUCUCCCUGGCCCAGCCCAAAGUGCGCAAGGGCCUCAACGAGGGCCACGACAGGCAUCCCCUCGCCUCUAUGAGCUUGCCACCCCCAAAAGCAUCACCAGAAAAGUGUGAUCAACCCAGGCCUGGCCUCUAAGACCUCGGCUCCCAGUAAACACCCUCAGGCACCCUAAACCUGUGUAUGUGAUUAUUCUGAGCUUUUUGGCCUGGAGAAGGGAGGG